GAUUGGUUCAGUUCGUAUUCAAUGAAGCAUUGGCUGUUGCAUGUACUAUAAAUAAACACACAACAAACACUUGGGUGUUUCCUAAAGGCAACAUGGAGCUGAAAGAAACAUACAUGCAUUCCCUUUACUUCAUCUCAUUAGUGAAAAGCUUCACAUUUAUCCCAACAAACUAGCCAGGGAAGCCUAGCGUGAAAAUGUUUCACUCCCUAGACUGCAGAAUUUUCUUCUGGUUUUAUUCUCAGUUUCUUCGUUUAUCAUCCGCUGUAACUCCCAGAUAACCUACCUCAAAGAGGCCUGUAAUCAUCCAUCUAAUAGCAGAAAUUAUGCAAAAUUCAAAUCUCACUUUCCUCUUGAAUUCUUUGUCGUCUAAAUCAUCCCUUCACAGCUUUUACAAAGGUUUUUCACGUAAUCUUUAUGGUCUCUACCUCUGCAGGGGUGAUGUUUCCCUUCAAACCAGCCAAAACUGCGUCAAAGUUGCAAUUCGAGAAAUCAAAAUCUGGUAUGAUCAGUGCAUGCUCAGAUACUCUCAAAGGAAGUUCUUUGGAGUGGCUCAAAUUUCGCCAGCAAAAUUCAUGUGGAAUCAGAAAAAUAGGACUUCAGUCAGUCAACCCGAUGUUGAAGCGCUAGCUCUGAUUUACCAACUCAUAAAAGAAGCCACAAACACAUCUAUGCUGUUCAGAGCAAACGGUUCGGAGGUGGUGGCAAAUAGUUCUGAGCAUCGAUAUGGGCUUGUGCAGUGCACAAGAGACUUGGACAGUAGUUCAUGCAGCUUCUGUUUGUCACAAUUGAUGGUAGAAGCACAGAAGUUUCCCCGGCAGAAGGCUCGUUGGCACAUAUUGGGUCCAAGUUGCAAUAUAAGACAUGAAAAUUAUAUCUUCUAUCAGCAAAUUGGCGGACCAGAUAUUGCCCCUGUAUCACCAAUUUACCCGCCAGAUGAUGCAGGUUCUGCUGAAGGAUUCACAUCCAAAGUUAGAGCCAGUGUAGUUAUGCUUGUCCCGAUUGCAAUGGCUGCAGCUUUUUUGGGUUUUGCAACUUACGUAUGUUUUCACUGGAAAGGAAAACUUAAAGGGGGAGAAACAAUUGAUGAAAUUCUGACACAGAAGUUGGAGAAUUCAAAGAAGCCCCACUUUAAAGAGAAAGGAACCGCGAAAGAUGAGUACAACAAUGGAGAAGUUCAAAACUAUCGUUUGAAGACCAUUAAGGUCGCAGCAGACUAUUUCUCAGAAGAAGCCAAGCUAGGGAAAGGAGGAUUUGGACUCGUUUUCAAGGGGAAGUUGAGUAAUGGCAAGGAGAUAGCAGUUAAGAGGCUUUCAUUCAAAUCAGGGCAAGGCCUUGAAGAGUUCAAGAAUGAAGUGACAUUGAUAGCAAAACUCCAACACAAAAAUCUUGUGAGCCUUUUGGGGUUCUGUCUGGAAGAAAAUGAAAAGCUUCUGGUCUAUGAAUACAUGCCAAACAAUAGCCUUGAUACCUUCUUGUUUGAUCCAAUAAAACGUCAACGACUAGAUUGGUCUAAGAGGAGGAGUAUUAUAAAGGGAAUUGCUAGAGGACUCCUGUAUUUGCAUGAGGACUCAAGGCUAAAAAUUAUCCAUAGAGAUCUAAAAGCAAGCAAUGUGUUACUAGAUGAAGAGAUAAAUCCAAAAAUAUCAAAUUUUGGAACCGCUAGAAUUUUUGUCAGCAAUCAAAUUCAAGCUAGUACUGAAAGAGUUAUUGGUACAUAUGGAUAUAUGACACCUGAAUAUGCUUUAGAGGGAUUAUUUUCCAUCAAGUCAGAUGUUUACAGCUUUGGUGUCAUCAUGCUAGAAAUUAUCAGUGGAAAAAGAAACACCGGCUUCUACCAACCAGAACGUGGUUUGAGUCUUCUCUCCCAUGCAUGGCGACUCUGGAAUGAAGGCAAGGGACUUGAACUUGUGGAGCGUCACUUGGUCAACACUUGCCCGGAUAAGGAUGAAGCUUUGAGAUGGAUCCGCAUCGGGCUUCUGUGCGUUCAAAAUAUUUUUAUUUGA